AUGGAGCAUGUUGAGGUUGAGGAAAUUGAGAUUGUUAGUGAUAUCAGUGAAGGUUAUAGCAAUAGUAGAAGAGAACCGAUUAGGGGAGUACGCAAUGGUAGUCUUCCUCCUUUUGUGACUAAACUCUAUGAUAUGGUGAGUAACAAAACAAUAAACUCUACAAUCUCGUGGGUUGGUGCUACUAGUUUUGUUAUAUUGAACGAACAAAACUUUAUCAACAACCUCCUUCCUAAGAUGUCAAAGAGUAACAAAUUUGAUAGCUUCAUUUCCCAGCUCAACAUUUAUGGUUUCAAAAAGAUCUCUUGGGAUCGGCGUGAAUAUGCACAUGAAUGGUUCCAAAAAGGAAAACGACACUUGCUAAGGAAUAUUAAGAGGAGAAAAAAAGGAAAUACAUCUAUGGUGGAUAAGAUGACACUUGAAAUUAAAAAUCUUCAGCAUAAGUCAAAUGAACUUAGACUUGAACUAAGUAAGUUCAAAGAAUACAUAGAUAAUACCAUGUCAAGCCAAAAAAGAAUCAUUCAAGAGAUGGAAAACAUGAUCAAAUCAACCUUUGGUGAGUGCCCUCAUGUAUGUUGUGCACAUACAAGUAAUGAGUCGAAUAAUAACAACAAAUCGCUUUUCACAAUGUCUGAAAAUGAGUGUUUAGGCCAAAGGAGCUUUACUCAAAGUUUGGUGAUUGAAGUGGAAAAUGAACCUCCAAAGAACACAUGA